AUGAUUCCCGUGACCCAGGCAUUUGGAUACGCCUGGUUGUGCUGGGGGUCGAUAGUACUUGUUGUACAAGGCAUAGGAACAUAUGGAAUCUUCAAGUACUUUUCGUCCGUACCCAAGAAAGCAAUCUCACCGACACUUCCAGAAGAUGAAGUUCCUCACGUCACUAUACUGCGACCUGCCAAGGGCUUAGAACCUUACCUCUACGAAUGUCUCAAGUCAACGUUCCAGCAAAAUUAUCCCAAGAACAAGUUCACAAUACACUUUUGUGUAUCUUCCAAAGAUGAUGCUGCAUAUCCAGUCAUGCAGCAGGUGGUCAAAGAGUUCCCGACUCACGAUGCCAGGAUCUUUAUCGAGAAUGAGGACCCCAUGUUGAACGGGCGCGAGGGCACUAUUGAGAACAUGGGACCGAACCCCAAGAUCCGAAACCUAAGUCACGCCUACAGAGAGGUCAAGGGAGACAUUGUCUGGAUUGCAGACUGCAAUGUGUGGCUGUCGAAAAGCGCCGCUGGAAAAAUGGUCGACCGUCUCUGUGGAUUCGCCCCUGAUGGCAGACAAGAAAAGCCCUGCAAGCUGGCUCACCAGUUGCCCAUCGUCGUUGACACGGUAUCUUCGCUUGAGCGCAACAGCUCCGAGUCACAGGCACUUCUCUCUGGCGCCAUGGAUGUGGAACACCGCAAGGAGAUUGACAACUCGCUAUUGGCUCAGGGCGGCGGUCGGCUUGAUGAGAUGUUCAUGUGUACUACCCACGCCAAGUUCUACUCAGCAAUCAACACUGUCGGUGUCGCUCCCUGCGUUGUGGGCAAGAGCACCAUGUUCCGCAAGUCGCAGCUGGAUUACGCUACAGACCCUGCGCAAAACCCCAUCCUCAGCGCGUCCACUCCGCCUUUGCCUACUGGUCUGAAUUACUUUUCCCACUUCAUUUGCGAAGAUCAUUUGAUUGGUGAUUUGCUUUGGAAAACCAAAUUCGCGGGCUUCAGAAACCAUGGACUGAACUGGGGCAAUCUGGUUGUUCAACCUGUCGCUGGAAUGUCGGUCGCAGCAUAUGUUGCUCGUCGUGUCAGAUGGCUUCGAGCACGAAAAUGGACAGUGCUUUUGGCGACACUCGUGGAGCCUGGUGUCGAGUCUCUACUCUGCUGCUUCCAAAUCUCCUUUACCCUGACGAGCGUUCCCUGGCUCAACCAGUAUUUGGGUAUUGGACAGACAUGGGGGACAUUGUUCAAAUGCUGGGCUGUCGGUGUCUUUCUCUGGAUGAUCCUUGAUAGGCUCGUCUCGAACAGAUUGCACGCUGGCUACAGUAUAGACAUUGACGAGGACACACCCCCAUUCGCCAAGGGAGCCAAGCGUGGAGGUACAGAGAGGCGACCUUUUGGCCAGUGGCUCCUUGCUUGGCUGGGACGAGAGCUACUGGCCCUCCCCAUCUGGACCUGGGCAGUCUUGCUGGGAACCACCGUGAACUGGAGAGGACGGCAGUUCCGUGUCAGAUCCGACAUGAGUGUGGUGUCUGACGAACCGGAUCGCUCUCCAUCCACUUCUUCAGGUGCGCGAACACCCAAUAAAAUAGAUUAG